UCAGGGUUUCGCAAAAAUGAUGAAAUGAAGGCUAUGGAAGUAUUACCAAUUUUGAAAGAAAAAGUUGCAUACCUUUCAGGUGGCAGAGAUAAGCGUGGAGGUCCCAUUCUAACUUUUCCAGCUCGUAGUAAUCACGAUAGAAUACGGCAAGAAGACCUUAGAAGACUAAUUUCAUACCUAGCUUGUAUUCCCAGUGAAGAAGUAUGUAAACGAGGAUUCACUGUCAUUGUAGAUAUGCGUGGGUCAAAAUGGGACUCCAUAAAGCCUCUGCUGAAGAUUUUACAAGAAUCCUUUCCAUGUUGUAUUCAUGUUGCACUGAUAAUCAAGCCAGACAAUUUCUGGCAGAAACAGAGGACUAACUUUGGCAGCUCUAAGUUUGAGUUUGAGACAAAUAUGGUGUCUCUGGAAGGCCUUACCAAAGUAGUUGAUCCUUCGCAGCUAACCCCAGAAUUUGAUGGCUGUUUGGAAUACAACCAUGAAGAGUGGAUAGAAAUCAGAGUUGCCUUUGAGGACUACAUUAGCAAUGCAACCCAUAUGCUGUCCAGACUGGAGGAACUACAAGAUAUGUUGUCAAAAAAGGAAAUGCCUCAGGACCUGGAAGGUGCUCGCAAUAUGAUAGAGGAGCAUUCGCAAUUAAAAAAGAAAGUCAUUAAGGCCCCUAUUGAGGACCUUGAUGUGGAAGGACAAAAGCUGCUCCAACGGAUACAGAGCAGUGACAGCUUCCCCAAAAAGAACUCUGGGUCAGGGAAUGCAGACUUACAGAACCUAUUACCCAAAGUGUCCACCAUGCUGGACAGGCUGCACUCAACACGGCAGCAUCUGCAUCAGAUGUGGCAUGUGCGGAAAUUGAAAUUGGACCAAUGUUUUCAGCUCAGGCUGUUUGAGCAGGAUGCUGAAAAGAUGUUUGACUGGAUCACACACAACAAAGGUCUGUUUCUGAACAGCUACACAGAGAUUGGAACUAGUCACCCCCACGCGAUGGAGCUUCAGACGCAGCACAGUCACUUUGCAAUGAACUGUAUGAAUGUGUAUGUAAACAUAAACCGCAUCAUGUCAGUAGCAAAUCGCCUGGUCGAGUCUGGCCAUUAUGCUUCACAGCAAAUAAAACAGAUUGCUAGUCAACUGGAGCAAGAAUGGAAGGCAUUUGCUGCAGCCUUGGAUGAACGUAGCACAUUACUGGAUAUGUCCUCCAUCUUCCAUCAGAAAGCUGAACAGUACAUGAGCAAUGUGGACUCAUGGUGUAAAGCCUGUGGUGAGGUGGAGCUUCCCUCAGAACUGCAAGAUUUAGAAGAUGCUAUCCAUCAUCAUCAAGGGAUAUAUGAGCAUAUUACCUUGGCUUACUCUGAGGUGAGCCAAGAUGGAAAGUCACUGCUUGACAAACUUCAGAGACCUUUGACUCCUGGGAGUUCUGAUUCCCUCACUGCUUCUGCCAACUACUCAAAAGCAGUUCAUCACGUUCUGGAUGUCAUCCAUGAAGUACUGCACCACCAGCGCCAGCUGGAAAAUAUUUGGCAGCAUCGAAAGGUCCGCUUGCACCAACGGCUUCAGCUCUGCGUUUUUCAACAGGAUGUUCAACAGGUGUUGGAUUGGAUUGAAAACCAUGGAGAAGCUUUCCUUAGCAAACAUACGGGAGUGGGAAAAUCUCUACAUCGGGCUAGAGCUUUGCAGAAGCGUCAUGAAGACUUUGAAGAGGUUGCACAGAACACGUACACUAAUGCAGAUAAGCUCCUAGAAGCAGCUGAACAGCUCGCUCAGACUGGGGAGUGUGACCCCGAGGAAAUUUAUCAAGCUGCCCAUCAGCUCGAAGACCGGAUACAGGAUUUUGUUAGGCGUGUGGAGCAACGCAAGAUCCUGCUGGACAUGUCUGUGUCCUUCCACACCCAUGUUAAAGAGCUAUGGACAUGGCUUGAAGAGCUACAGAAAGAACUGCUUGAUGAUGUCUAUGCUGAGUCUGUGGAGGCUGUCCAAGACCUGAUUAAACGUUUUGGUCAACAACAACAGACCACUCUUCAGGUUACAGUCAAUGUCAUAAAAGAAGGUGAAGAUCUUAUACAGCAACUAAGGGAUUCUGCCAUUUCUAGUAAUAAAACCCCCCAUAACAGCUCAAUCAACCACAUAGAGACAGUCCUGCAGCAGCUGGAUGAAGCACAGUCUCAGAUGGAGGAGCUUUUUCAAGAACGCAAGAUCAAGCUUGAGCUGUUUCUGCAGCUCCGCAUAUUUGAAAGAGAUGCAAUAGAUAUAAUUUCAGAUCUCGAGUCUUGGAAUGAUGAGCUCUCUCAGCAGAUGAAUGACUUUGACACUGAAGAUCUUACAAUAGCAGAACAGAGGCUUCAGCAUCAUGCAGACAAAGCCCUGACCAUGAAUAACUUGACUUUUGAUGUCAUCCACCAAGGGCAGGAUCUGCUGCAGUAUGUCAAUGAAGUGCAGGCAUCUGGCGUGGAGCUGCUUUGUGACAGAGAUGUGGAUAUGGCAACCCGUGUGCAGGACCUGCUGGAGUUCCUCCAUGAGAAGCAGCAGGAACUGGACCUGGCAGCUGAGCAGCACCGCAAGCACCUCGAGCAGUGUGUUCAGCUGCGGCACCUCCAGGCUGAGGUCAAGCAGGUUUUGGGCUGGAUCCGAAACGGAGAGUCAAUGUUAAAUGCUGGGCUUAUCACUGCUAGUUCUUUGCAGGAGGCCGAACAGUUACAGAGGGAACAUGAACAGUUUCAACAUGCAAUAGAGAAAACACAUCAAAGUGUUCAGCAGAAGGCAGAGGCAAUGCUGCAGGCUAAUCACUAUGACAUGGAUAUGAUCCGGGAGUGUGCAGAGAAGGUUGCUUCCCAUUGGCAACAAUUGAUGUUGAAGAUGGAGGACCGUCUCAAGCUUGUGAAUGCCUCUGUUGCCUUCUAUAAAACUUCUGAACAGGUGUGCAGCGUGCUGGAAAGCCUGGAACAAGAAUAUAAGCGAGAAGAAGACUGGUGUGGGGGAGCAGACAAACUAGGUCCCAACUCCGAAACAGAUCAUGUUACUCCCAUGAUAAGCAAACAUCUGGAACAGAAGGAGGCAUUCCUAAAGGCUUGCACACUGGCACGGAGGAAUGCUGAUGUUUUCCUGAAAUACCUGCACAGGAACAGUGUAAACAUGCCAGGGAUGGUGACACACAUCAAAGCACCAGAACAGCAAGUCAAAAAUAUCUUGAAUGAACUCUUCCAGAGGGAGAACCGUGUGCUGCAUUAUUGGACCAUGCGUAAAAGACGUCUUGAUCAAUGCCAACAGUACGUGGUGUUUGAAAGAAGUGCCAAACAGGCUUUGGAAUGGAUUCAUGACAAUGGAGAGUUUUAUUUAUCUACACAUACUUCCACUGGCUCCAGUAUCCAGCACACUCAAGAGCUGCUAAAAGAACAUGAAGAGUUUCAGAUAACAGCAAAGCAAACCAAAGAGAGGGUGAAGUUGUUGAUACAGCUGGCUGAUGGCUUUUGUGAAAAAGGGCAUGCUCAUGCAACAGAGAUUAAAAAAUGUGUCACAGCAGUGGAUAAGAGGUACAGAGACUUUUCCCUGCGCAUGGAGAAAUACAGGACCUCUUUAGAGAAAGCUCUGGGUAUUUCCUCUGAUUCCAAUAAAUCGAGCAAAAGCUUGCAGCUUGAUAUAAUCCCAGCCAGUGUCCCUGGGUCAGAGGUGAAACUGCGAGAUGCUGCUCAUGAGCUUAAUGAAGAAAAACGAAAGUCUGCCCGCAGGAAAGAGUUCAUUAUGGCUGAGCUAAUUCAGACAGAAAAGGCUUACGUAAGAGACCUCCGGGAAUGCAUGGAUACAUAUCUGUGGGAAAUGACAAGUGGAGUCGAGGAGAUCCCACCUGGUAUUGUAAACAAAGAACACAUUAUCUUUGGAAACAUGCAGGAAAUCUAUGAGUUCCACAAUAACAUAUUCCUCAAGGAGCUAGAAAAAUAUGAACAGUUACCAGAAGAUGUUGGACACUGCUUUGUUACUUGGGCAGACAAAUUCCAAAUGUACGUUACAUACUGUAAAAACAAGCCAGAUUCUACCCAGCUGAUACUAGAACAUGCAGGAGCAUACUUUGAUGAGAUACAACAACGACACGGAUUGGCCAACUCUAUCUCCUCUUACCUUAUCAAACCUGUCCAAAGGAUAACAAAAUACCAGCUUCUUUUAAAGGAGCUGCUAACGUGCUGUGAAGAAGGUAAAGGUGAGAUUAAGGAUGGCCUGGAGGUGAUGCUUAGUGUGCCAAAGCGAGCCAAUGAUGCCAUGCACCUCAGCAUGCUGGAAGGCUUUGAUGAAAAUAUAGAAUCUCAGGGAGAGCUCAUCCUUCAAGAAUCCUUCCAAGUGUGGGACCCCAAAACUCUAAUUCGAAAAGGAAGAGAAAGGCACCUUUUCCUUUUUGAGAUGUCCUUGGUUUUCAGUAAAGAAGUGAAGGACUCCAGUGGAAGGAGCAAGUACAUUUACAAGAGUAAACUGUUUACUUCUGAACUGGGUGUUACAGAACACGUAGAAGGAGAUCCCUGCAAGUUUGCUCUAUGGGUUGGAAGGACACCAACGUCAGACAACAAAAUUGUUCUGAAGGCAUCCAGUAUAGAGAAUAAACAGGACUGGAUCAAACACAUCCGGGAAGUGAUACAAGAAAGGACCAUUCAUCUGAAAGGAGCAUUGAAAGAGCCGAUCCACAUCCCCAAAACUGCACCAACAACAAAACAGAAAGGAAGAAGAGACGGCGAGGACCUGGACAGUCAGGGAGAUGGUAGCAGCCAACCUGAUACUAUUUCAAUUGCCUCACGAACCUCCCAGAACACACUAGACAGCGAUAAGUUGUCUGGUGGGUGUGAGCUGACGGUGGUAAUCCACGACUUCACUGCCUGCAACAGUAAUGAGCUGACAAUCCGCCGUGGGCAGACAGUGGAGGUCCUGGAGAGGCCCCAUGACAAGCCCGACUGGUGUCUGGUUCGAACCACAGAUCGGUCCCCUGCUGCAGAAGGCCUGGUCCCCUGUGGGUCCCUCUGCAUCGCUCACUCUCGCAGUAGUAUGGAGAUGGAAGGGAUUUUCAACCACAAAGACUCCCUUUCAGUCUCCAGCAAUGAUGCCAGUCCUCCUGCUUCAGUAACAUCACUUCAGCCCCACAUGAUUGGUGCACAGAGCUCUCCGGGCCCCAAGCGCCCUGGCAAUACUUUGAGAAAAUGGCUUACCAGUCCUGUGAGGCGUCUUAGCAGUGGAAAAGCAGAUGGGCAUGUCAAAAAGCUGGCCCACAAGCAUAAGAAGAGUAGAGAGGUUCGCAAAAGUGCUGAUGCAGGCUCUCAGAAGGACUCUGAUGAUAGUGCAGCAACACCACAAGAUGAAACUGUUGAAGAGAGAGGUCGAAAUGAGGGGCUGAGCAGUGGCACUCUCUCCAAGUCAUCCUCUUCAGGCAUGCAGAGCUGCGGAGAGGAGGAGGGUGAAGAGGGAGCAGAUGCUGUACCACUUCCUCCUCCAAUGGCAAUUCAGCAACACAGUCUUCUCCAGCCUGACUCACAGGAUGACAAGACAUCUUCUCGAUUACUGGUGCGGCCAACCAGCUCUGAGACACCCAGUGCUGCAGAACUAGUCAGUGCAAUUGAAGAGCUCGUCAAAAGUAAAAUGGCCCUGGAGGACCGUCCAAGUUCCUUGUUGGUAGAUCAAGGUGACAGCAGCAGUCCAUCCUUCAACCCUUCAGAUAACUCCCUUCUCUCCUCCUCAUCACCCAUAGAUGAGAUGGAAGAAAGGAAAUCCAGCUCCUUAAAAAGACGACACUAUGUCUUACAGGAAUUAGUGGAGACAGAGAGAGAUUACGUACGAGAUCUGGGCUACGUAGUUGAGGGAUACAUGGCACUUAUGAAGGAAGAUGGUGUACCUGAUGACAUGAAAGGGAAAGACAAGAUUGUAUUUGGAAAUAUUCACCAGAUUUAUGACUGGCACAGAGACUUCUUUUUAGGAGAGUUGGAGAAGUGCCUUGAAGAUCCAGAAAAACUGGGAUCCCUGUUUGUUAAGCAUGAGAGAAGGUUGCACAUGUACAUAGUUUACUGCCAAAACAAACCAAAGUCUGAGCACAUUGUCUCAGAAUAUAUUGAUACGUUUUUUGAGGAUCUAAAGCAGCGCCUGGGCCACAGACUGCAGCUCACGGACUUGCUAAUAAAACCUGUGCAGAGAAUUAUGAAAUACCAGCUGUUACUAAAGGACUUCCUCAAAUAUUCUAAAAAAGCUAACCUUGACACAACAGAACUAGAGAAAGCUGUAGAGGUCAUGUGUAUAGUACCAAAACGGUGUAAUGACAUGAUGAAUGUUGGCCGCCUGCAAGGAUUUGAUGGUAAAAUUGUAGCCCAGGGUAAGCUCCUGCUCCAGGACACAUUCUUGGUUACAGACCAGGACACGGGACUUCUGCCACGCUGCAAGGAGAGACGGGUCUUCCUCUUUGAGCAGAUUGUUAUUUUCAGUGAGCUGCUAGAUAAAAAGAAAGGUUUCUCCAUGCCUGGAUUCUUGUUUAAAAACAGUAUCAAGGUGAGUUGCCUUUCCCUAGAGGAAAAUGUGGACAGUGAUCCAUGUAAAUUUGCACUAACAUCAAGGACUGGUGAUGUCACGGAGACCUUUAUUUUGCAUUCUGCCAGUCCAGGAGUCCGCCAGUUGUGGAUCCACGAAAUUAACCAAAUUUUGGAAAACCAGCGCAACUUUUUAAAUGCCUUGACGUCCCCAAUCGAGUACCAGAGGAACCACAGCAGCGGUGGAGGUGGCAGCGGGAGCAGCAGCGGUAACAGCAGCGGCCCCAGCAGCUGUAGUGGCAUCCCCAGCUCCAGCCGUAGCCGGCCAUCCCGGAUCCCCCAGCCUGUCAGACACCAUUCCCCAGUCCUGGUCUCCUCUGCAGCUGCGGCCCAAGCAGAGGCAGACAAGAUGUCAGGUAUGUCCAUUCACAAUCUCUCCCUGCCACACUACAACACCUCCUUAGAAAGUGGCCUGAGCCAGCCAGACAGGCACCCUCCCAGCGCAGAACCCGACGGUCCUCAGAGAGAAGCUGAGCAGAUUCCCAAGAUGAAAGUUAUUGAAAGUCCCAGGAAGACAGCGGGAAGCAUUUCUGGCUCAGCUGACGGAGCCCAGAAAGACUCUCGUGGAAGCUCAGAGGACGGUCGCUCAAGAAACAGCAUAGGAUCACUGACGCUCGGGAAGCCAAGGCCAGGAGCCAUCUCACCAAUGAACUCUCCUCUCUCCACAACUUUCCCUUCUCCUUUUGGCAAAGAAACCUUUCCACCCAGCAGCCCCCUGCAGAAGGGCUCCUUUUGGAGCUCCAUCCCAGCAUCCCCUGCCAGCCGCCCUGGCUCCUUCACUUUCCCUGGGGACAAUGACUCCCUCCAGCGGCAGGGCCACCGCCACUCUUCACACAGCAAGGACACAGACCGCAUGAGCACAUGCUCCUCGACCAGCGAGCAGUCAGUUCACUCCACCCAGAGUAAUGGGAGUGAAAGUAGCAGCAGUAGCAAUAUCUCCACCAUGCUGGUGACACACGAUUACACGGCAGUGAAGGAGGAUGAGAUAAAUGUCUACCAAGGAGAGGUCGUGCAAAUUCUAGCCAGCAACCAACAGAACAUGUUUUUGGUGUUCAGAGCCGCCACUGAUCAGUGCCCUGCAGCCGAGGGCUGGAUUCCCGGCUAUGUCUUGGGGCAUACCAGUGCAGUCAUCAUUGACAACCCUGAUGGAACCAUCAAGAAGUCAACGUCUUGGCACACAGCACUCCGUUUAAGGAAGAAAUCUGAGAAAAAAGAUAAAGACGGCAAAAGGGAAGGCAAGCUAGAAAAUGGUUACCGCAAAUCCCGGGAAGGACUUGCCAACAAGGUUUCUGUCAAGCUUCUCAACCCCAAUUACAUUUAUGAUGUUCCCCCAGAGUUUAUAAUACCAUUGAGUGAGGUAACAUGUGAGACAGGAGAGACCAUCGUGCUUAGGUGUAAAGUCUGUGGUCGGCCCAAGGCUUCAGUUACUUGGAAGGGUCCUGAUCAUAACACACUGAGCAAUGACGGUCAUCACAGCAUUUCGUACAGUGACUUAGGAGAGGCCUCACUGAAAAUCAUUGGCGUCACUGCAGAAGACGAUGGUAUCUAUACAUGUAUAGCUGCAAACGAUAUGGGUUCAGUUUCAUCUUCUGCCAGUCUACGAGUUUUAGGUCCUGGAAAUGAUGGAAUCAUGGUAAUCUGGAAAGACAACUUUGAUUCCCUCUACACUGAAGUGGCUGAGCUUGGCAGGGGCAGAUUUUCUGUCGUAAAGAAGUGUGACCAGAAGGGAACCAAGCGAGCAGUAGCCACUAAGUUUGUGAAUAAGAAGUUGAUGAAGCGAGACCAGGUUACCCAUGAACUUGGAGUCAUGCAGAAUCUCCAGCAUCCCCAGCUCAUUGGCCUUCUCGAUACCUUUGAGACCUCCACCAACUACAUACUAGUGUUAGAAAUGGCUGACCAGGGUCGCCUUCUAGACUAUGUUGUGCGAUGGGGAAACCUCACAGAAGGGAAGAUCAGACUCUACCUGGGAGAGAUUCUGGAAGCUGUACAGUAUCUUCACAACUGCAGAAUAGCACAUUUGGACCUAAAGCCUGAAAAUAUUUUGGUGGACCAGAGUUCCACGAAGCCAACUAUAAAACUGGCUGACUUUGGAGAUGCAGUCCAGCUCAAUACCACGUAUUAUAUCCACCAGUUACUUGGAAACCCAGAGUUUGCAGCUCCUGAAAUUAUUCUUGGAAAUCCUGUUUCCCUCACUUCAGAUGUUUGGAGCAUUGGAGUGCUCACAUAUGUCCUUCUUAGUGGCGUCUCUCCUUUCCUGGAUGAAAGUGUAGAGGAAACUUGCCUGAAUAUUUGCCGCUUAGACUUUAGUUUCCCAGAUGACUACUUCAAAGGAGUUAGCCAGAAGGCCAAAGAUUUUGUAUGCUUCCUACUUCAGGAUGACCCAGCUAAGCGUCCCUCGGCUGCACUGGCCCUCCAGGAGCAAUGGCUGCAGCUGGGGAACAGCAAAAGUGCUGACAGCAUCGACACAUCCAGACUGACUUCAUUCAUUGAGCGGCGAAAACACCAGAAUGAUGUUCGACCCAUCCGUAGCAUUAAAAACUUCCUACAGAGCAGGCUCUUGCCAAGAGUUUGACCUUGCUUGAAGUUCUCUCUCAUUCUCUUUCACCUGCCAAUCAAUCAGACUGGAGAUGGACUCCUCCUGCCAAUCAAUCAAUCAAUCAGACUGGAGAUAAGACUCCUCCUGCCAAUCAGCUGUUGACUUGAAUUUUGGGGAGAGCAAACCCCGAGCCAACCAGCUGCCAAGCGAAUGUUCGUGUGCAAACGCAUUCCAGGGGGACCCGCGCGGGGCGGCGCAGGGGGCUGGCAAUGCAGACUUCACUGGGGUGGAGGACAGUAGCACUGUACUCUGCAAAAAAGCAGUCACGAGUGAUACAGUAACAGUAUUUUAUUCAGGUUUCUG